ACGCCCCAGUCGGCGUUAAACAGACGCUUGAAUCUACACCUAUCAUAAUAGACGCUUUUUAAUGCAAAUCGGAGAGUAUGAAUAUAUAAAACGGAAAUUUAUUUCCUUCCGCAAAUACAGGUCUCCUUAAUAUUAAUAAUUCCGUUUUUUUCUGUUAAACUAGCAACAUUUUUACUUGUUGAGAGCCCAGUGCUAGUAUUUUUUUCCUUAUGGAUCUCAUUCCGCAAUGGAAUAACCACUGUUAAUCAGUACCAGUAAUUCUCUACAAAGUAGCGUGUUAAUUUUAGAGGCUUAAUCAUAUCUCCAUAAAAUACUGAUGCUCUGAAGUUAUUUUUUAACGUUGACAAGUUGCGGUAUCGUGCAAAGCGACGGAGCCCCCGGGCUGAUGGAGCUCCCGGCCGGCGGAGGUGCGCCGUGGAGAGUGAGGAGACCAAUCAGGGCCGGUGGGAGUAUUUUGUGAGUCACUUGCGCGCUGCUGCUCCGUAAGCGCUGUUCCUUUCAGCACCGACUGGAGCGGAGUUCAGGACCGAUAGCAGCGGGGCUCAACCCUCAGGACCGCAGGUCUGCACUCCUGCUCUCCUCCUUCUUGAAAUGCGAGCCACGUGCGGCUGGGACGUAAUAAAGGUCCAGGCUCGCCCUCCCAGGAGCUCGGAGCACGCGGCCGGAUGCUGAUGUAGAGCGCGGCGCUGAUGGUCCACCGGCGGACCGUCGCCUGCUGCUUUCACCCCGCGUCACGUCGAGACCCCACCCUGCCCCCGAGUUUGCAUCCUGCCCCCUUUCGCCAUGGCGAGGGCCGCCAAGCGCAGAUCCGUAUCCUGCCAGUGCUUCUUCCUGCUGACGGCCAAGUGUUGCUGGCUUCUGACUUCCAUGCAGAAGACGGAAGCCCAGGAGCAUGCCCAUUCCAUCCGGUUGGACGGCGACAUCGUCCUCGGUGGCCUCUUCCCCGUUCAUGCCCGCGGCGACCGUGGUGUGCCAUGUGGUGAGCUCAAGAAGGAGAAGGGCAUCCACCGGCUGGAAGCCAUGCUCUUUGCCAUCGACCAGAUCAACAAGGAUCCAGACUUGCUGCCCAACAUCACUCUGGGCGCCCGUGUCCUGGACACCUGCUCGCGGGACACCUACGCCCUGGAGCAGUCGCUCACCUUUGUACAGGCGCUCAUCGAGAAGGACUCCUCUGAUGUCCGCUGUGCCAACGGCGACCCACCCAUCUUUGCCAAGCCAGACAAGAUCGUGGGCGUCAUCGGGGCUUCUGCCAGCUCUGUGUCUAUCAUGGUCGCGAACAUCCUCCGGCUAUUCAAGAUACCUCAGAUCAGCUACGCAUCCACCGCCCCGGAGCUGAGUGACAACACCCGCUACGACUUCUUCUCGCGCGUGGUGCCGCCCGACUCCUACCAGGCACAGGCCAUGUUGGACAUCGUCAUGGCAAUGGGCUGGACCUACGUCUCCACCCUGGCGUCGGAGGGCAACUACGGCGAGAGCGGGGUGGAGGCCUUUGUGCAGAUCUCCCGGGAGUCCGGUGGGGUAUGUAUCGCGCAGUCCGUGAAGAUCCCCAGGGAGCCGAAGGCGGGAGAGUUUGACAAGAUCAUCCGCCGGCUGCUGGAGACCUCCAGCGCACGCGCCGUGAUCACUUUCGCAAACGAGGACGACAUCAGGCGCAUCCUAGACGCUGCGAGACGGAACAACCUUACGGGCCACUUCCUGUGGGUGGGAUCCGACAGCUGGGGGUCGAAGAUCUCCCCGGUGAUCCAGCAGGAGAGGGUGGCUGAGGGCGCAGUCACUAUCCUGCCCAAGCGAGCUUCGGUGGACGCCUUUGACAGGUACUUCCGGAGCCGGUCCCUGUCGAACAACAGAAGGAACGUUUGGUUUGCCGAAUUUUGGGAAGAGAACUUUGGGUGUAAGUUGGGAUCCCACGGCAAGCGGCCAGGCAGCCCCAAGAAAUGUACAGGGACAGAGAAGGUGGGCAGGGACUCCAUCUACGAGCAGGAGGGCAAGGUGCAGUUCGUGAUCGACGCUGUGUACGCCAUGGCGCAUGCCCUGCACCGCAUGCACCGCCAGCUCUGCUCCGGAUACCUGGGCCUCUGUCCGCGCAUGAGCAACAUCGACGGCAAGGAGCUGCUCAUGCACAUCCGGGCCGUCAGCUUCAACGGGAGUGCCGGGACCCCCGUGAUGUUCAACGAGAACGGCGACGCGCCUGGACGCUACGACAUCUUCCAAUACCAAAUCAGCAACAGGUCCACUGCCGAGUACAAGGUCAUUGGCCAGUGGACCAACCAGCUUCACUUAAAUAUGGACGCCUUACGGUGGGCACGGGGCAGCAUCGCAGUGCCCCUAUCCGUGUGCAGCAUGCCCUGCAGGGCGGGCGAACGGAAGAAGAUGGUGAAAGGCGUGCCGUGCUGCUGGCACUGUGAGCGCUGUGAGGGCUACCACAUCCAGGCGAGCGAGUUCAGCUGCGAGCUGUGUCCAUACGAGCAGCGGCCCGACCGCAACCGCACUGGCUGCCAGCCCAUCCCCAUCGUCAAGCUGGAGUGGCACUCAGCCUGGGCUAUGAUGCCUGUCUUCAUCUCCAUGCUGGGCAUUGUUGCCACCACCUUCGUCAUCGUCACCUUUGUGCGCCACAACGACACGCCCAUCGUGCGCGCCUCGGGCCGCGAGGUCAGCUACGUGCUGCUGACGGGCAUCUUCCUCUGCUACGCCACCACCUUCCCCAUGAUCGCAGCCCCCGAUGCCGCCAUCUGCUCGCUGCGCCGCAUCUUCCUGGGCCUGGGCAUGUGCUUCAGCUACGCCGCCCUGCUCACCAAGACCAACCGCAUCCACCGCAUCUUCGAGCAGGGCAAGCGGUCAGUGACGGCACCGCGGUUCAUCAGCCCCGCCUCCCAGCUGGCCAUCACCUUCAGCCUGAUCUCCGUACAGCUACUGGGCGUCUUCGUGUGGUUCGCCGCUGACCCGCCGCACACCGUGGUGGACUAUGGCGAGCAGCGCACCCAGGACCCAGCGAAUGCCCGCGGUGUCCUCAAGUGCGACAUCUCGGACCUCUCCCUCAUCUGUUCCCUCGGAUACAGUAUUCUGUUGAUGGUAACAUGCACUGUGUAUGCGAUAAAAACAAGAGGAGUUCCAGAGACCUUCAACGAGGCCAAGCCCAUUGGCUUCACCAUGUACACUACCUGCAUCAUUUGGCUGGCAUUCAUACCCAUCUUUUUUGGGACAGCACAGUCAGCAGAGAGGAUGUACAUCCAGACGACGACCCUCACCAUCUCCCUGAGCUUGAGCGCCUCUGUCUCCCUGGGCAUGCUCUACAUGCCCAAGGUCUACGUCAUCAUCUUCCACCCGGAGCAGAACGUGCCCAAGCGCAAACGCAGCUUCAAGGCCAUCGUCACCGCCGCCGCCAUGUCGGGCAAGCUGACGCAGAAGGGGGGCGACCGACCCAACGGCGAGGUGAAGACCGAGCUCUGCGAGAGCAUGGAGACCAACAGUGAGUGUGCUUCAUCAACCAAGACAACAUAUGUCAGCUAUAGCAAUCACGCCAACUGAAGAGAACUGGAGGGAGAGGGACUCCCAUGAUGCACCAGAACACACGCCGACUGGAGACGUUCCAAGACGAUGGGAUUUGCCCACUGGAACCCAAGCAUGAGCCAUUUUCUGCUGUCCGGCUUUGAACUGAGGGCAGAGCGAGGGAGGUCCUUGGCGGACGGGUAGAUGAAUAAGUAAAUAAAAUAAACUAGAGGCUGAAUUUAAAAAUCGAGAAGGUGGUGAUAUGAAGUAAAAAAACCAACAUGCAAAAAAAGACCAACAAAGCAAGAUUUAUAAAAAAAAAGCAUUAAAAA